AACAAAAUGAUCGAUGAUGAUACUAACAGAGAUAAAGAUGCUUGUAUUGAAAAAGGAUUGAAAAAGAAAGCUAUCACUAAGAAAAAGAAACCUUCUAACAUUGAGAAUGCUAUACCUUUGUCAACUGUGAUGGAAGGAAAGAAGGGGAAUGAGUCUUCUUCUUCACAUGCUAUUGUUUUGCCAGCUAAGAAGAGAAAGCUGGAUGAAAAUGAAGGUCUUAAAGUGAAGAAAGUGAAGGCAAAUAAGGAUAAGAACAUUGUGAUUCAUAGGCAAGAAUCUGCAAUCAUAGAUAGUGAUGUACAUAUGGUGCAACGAGGAUUUAAAACACGUUGCAGGCCAUUUCAUUUAGUAGAGAUGAUUAAAACUUUUUCAGAUGAUCAAAUCAAGGCUGUUAAAGAAAUUGGCUUUGGAGGUUUGUUAUCUUUGAAGGUGAAACGAACUGCAACUGAUAUGCUAUCAUGGUUGGUAGAUUGUUUUGAUCAUGGUAGCUGCAUGUUUACUAUUGAUGGUAAAAAAGAUUUUGUUGUGACUGAAUUUGAUGUGUAUGAUGUUUUUUGCCUUCCUUGCAAAACAUCUAAGAAAGUUGAAGAAAUUUCUCGUUGUGCUAAUGUCAUCAACCCUGAUUAUGAUUUAAAGGUUAAAUGGAGGUCUCAUUUUGGUCUUAUGGGUGAGAAUGAUCAGAUUCCUUUGGGUUUUUUGGAAUCUAAGAUCCCUUUACUAGUAGAUGGCGGGGAAGAAUUCAGACAGCUUUUUAUCAUGCAUGCUUUUUCAAGUUUUUUAGCACCUACGUCCAACAGAACUGUGGAUUUGAGAAUUGUAAAAUGUUUGGUUGAUGUUAAUCAGAUAAGAAUUUAUAAUUGGUCAAAAUAUGUCUUAGAUAGACUUUGUGAAGCCGUGAAGAGCUACAAAGAAGGAAAUAUAGAAUGGUUUUGUGGUUGUGUUUUGAUGUUAGAGAUUAUCUAUUUUCAUCGAUUGAGGUUUAGGAAUGUUGUGUUAAAUUCUACAAUACCUUUAAUUCAACAUUGGACUGAUGUGGAUAUAAGAGAUAGAAUUAGAAAUGAAAAGUUGUCCAAGGGUUUUGGGUGUGGAAUUCUUGAGUUUGAUACAUAUCCAGUGAGUGAGAAGUUGCAAUUUGAGGAUGGACAAGUUGUUUGUAAUCAAUUCAAGGAAGCUCCUGUGAAUCAAACUUCUGGAAAAGAAUCUGUUGUUUAUGAAGGUGUCCGUAGCAAUGUUAAGGGUGUUAUUCAGUUUGAGCUACCUGCCAGUUCAAUGUCUAAUGAGGAAAUCCGUUCAAUUGCUAUUGAUGAAGUUUAUGAGAAGUUUUUGCUCAUGAAAAGAGAUUUAGAAGUGGUAUCUAACUUCUACAUGAAUGAGUUGAAAGUGUUAUUUCAGACUCGUAAAUCUAAUGAUGCUUCAACUUCGACACCUCCAAUGUCCCAAACUGAUUUAUUCUUUAUGAAUCCUCGUGUUCAUGAAAUUGUUGAUGAGAUUGUGUCUCUUGUAAAUUGGGUAAGCAAAGUGCCUAAUGGUUUGGAUGAUGAUGAUAUUGAUGAUAAUGGUGCACCUGCAAAAGAGAUUAAUGUUGUAGUUGGUGAGGUUCCAAGGAUAGGUUUUGAGCAUGUUUUGAGUAAUGGAAAAUCUAAAUGCUCCCUUGCUAUGGAUGUUAGUCUCUUUGGUGAUAAAGUUACAUAUGUAACUGAAUAUAUGAAGUCAAGUAAUAAGGAUAUGAAGGUUUUGGAUGCAGUUGUCCAGGAACUUGUUGACUACUGCAUUAGUGAUUAUCAUGGUUUCGAUCUCAAUGAGGUGUUGGUAUCUUUUGGCAAACCAUUUGAGAUUACAAGGAAUGAAUUCCUUUCAUUAGGUGCACCGGCUAUUGCUAUAUCUUCUGUUAUUAUUGAUUGUUGGGCUAUGUUGCUUAAUGAAAACCAGAAGAGUAGUGCACAUGGACCUCAAAAACUAUAUUUUGGUGUUUCUCAAAGUGUAAGUAUCUUUCGGCUAUUUAGUUACUACAUCAUUAUAAUGGUAGUUGUUCAUUAUAAAAAAUUCAUAAAUUAAUUUCACUAUGUAUUGAAAACAGUCACUAUGAUUCAUAAAUUAAUUUCACUAUGCAAUGAAAACAGUCACUAUGUAAUGCAAGUAAUUACAUUUAAGAAAAAUAACUCUACCUUCUAAUUUUUUUAAUAUUUAUUAAUGUUUGUUCUUUUUUAGG